CUGGGAUUGUCAAGGCUCAUUUGAGAAGAGGAUGGAGAAGUUGAAGAAUCCGGAAAUGGAGGGAGCUGGAGAUAAGAAGGAGAGGGUGAUGAUAGCAAUUGAUGAGAGUGAAUUCAGUCGUUAUGCAAUUGAAUGGACUCUUCAACACUUCCACGCUUCCUUACUGAACUCUCAAAUUGUGCUCUUCACCGUUCAGCCAAUCGUUGACUAUGGCUAUAUCUAUGCUUCUUCCCUUGGCUUCACUUCUCCUGAAGUGGUAAGAACCAUCCAAGAAAAUCAAAAGAAAGUUGCCACUGCUCUUUUGGAUAAAGCUACUGAUAUCUGCAAAAAAUAUGGGAUAACAGCAUAGACAGUCAUGGAGGCAGGAGAUCCUAAAGAGGCCAUAUGUCAAGCAGUAGAAAAAAUGAACAUCCAAUUGCUUGUGCUGGGAAGCCACAGCAGAGGGGCUCUGCAAAGGUUAUUUUGACUACCUAUAUAUCUUAAGUUUUUGUAGUUGUAUGCUUCCUAUUCCCAAAAUAAACUUCUUAAUUUGCUUUUGGCACACAAAUUUCGGAAAUGGAUCUGUGUCAUUGAAAUUUGUUUAGAAGAAACCAAAAUAAUAUUGACCUCACAGUUCCCCCAUAAAAGGGAAGAGUAUGUUUAAUUUGUGACAACAUAAAAAGGAAAGUUGAAAAUAUAUUUUGAGGCGGAAGGAGUUUUUUUGUUUUAUUAGAUGAUUGGUGGCUGAGGAAGCGGAAAAGUGAUUAAUAGUAAAAGUUGGUAGUGUUUGAGAAAAAAGUGAUUCUGAAAAAGUAAAAGUUGGUAGUGUUUGGUAAAAUAAGUACUUUUUGUGUAAUAGAAAAAGUGAAAAGCAGUUUAAAGCACCAUUCCACCUGCUUCCAGCUUUUAGCUUUUAAGUGAUUAAUUUAAGCAGAAAUUAUCAUUUGAAAACACUCUUUUUAGCUUUUUUUAAGCCAAAAGCUGAAAAGCGCUUUUUUAAAGCAACCGCAAACACACUCUUACUCUCCCUUAUGGGAGGUCUCGUGUUCGAAACUUAUAGAGUGAGUUUCAUCCCAGUUUACUCCAGGCCCCCAGACCCCUUCCCCAGACACCCCCUCGAGAAAAAAAAAGAUGACUGGGGGCCUCGCUUCUAUUUUGCACUUUUGAAAUACAUUUAUUGUAUAGUCCCUCUAUCUCUUGAAAAACUUCUCAUUUUUCUUUUAUGAACGUCCUUAAAUAAAGUUAUGCUAAUUAGUGUCAAAUAGUGCUAAAACAGUACACUCUACAGUAAUGAGGUCAUGAGGACAGUUAAGGAAGUUUAAAUUGGGAUUUGGGAGGAAGGGAGUAUGAACGUUGGAAUAAUAUUGUUGGGAGUCGAUUUCUUUCCGGCUCAGGUCUCCAACCCUUUAGCUAGACUCACACACACCACUUUAGGCUAGACUCACUCCACCACUCAACAUGUUUACACUCCCAAAGUUCCACACAAAGGGCAUCAAGGAAGGAGGAGAACACUCAGCUCUCAACUCUCUGGCACUAGGAGAGUGUUUGGUCCUCGAGUUCAGAACCAAAACCAUCACAAAACUAUUAACAAAUAUGUCUUUAGGGAUUAUGAAUUACAGGGCCUUCCUCGGAAGCGUCAGCACGUACUGUGUCCACAAUGCCAACUGCUAGGUUCUUGUUGUCAAGAAGAAGCCUUGAGAUAUCAGUAAUUAUCCAUCCAUUUCUGUUGCACUGAGGGGAAAUCAUGUACAUACAUACAUCAGCUGGAAUAAGUAACAAUGGGUCGUUGCAAUCUAGUGGUUUGAUAUACUUUCAAAUAAAGAUGGUUGUAAUGUAUGGAUGUGGGGUAGACAUCUUUAUAUCGCUAGGUUCUGUAAUGUUUUGAUUUAUAUUUUGAGUUGAGAAAUCUCUUGUGGUUCAUAAUUAUUUGGAGUCAGAAUUGCUUUAUGCUUCUUCAGAUCUUCAUAUAUGGUGCACCUUUUCCACGCACCAUGUAUUAUGAUCAUUGUUCAUUUGUUCUAACCAUUAAAGGAAAGUGUACACAGAGAAGAAAACAUAGAGAAGGAAGGUUUCAGUUUGAGCCAAGCUUCCAGAUCCUCUCCCUUACGCAUCAAGAUCACUAUACAUUGAGCUAAACACCCGCCUAGGUGGGCAGGGCGUCGCUUGGACCUCUGUCUACCUCAAAUUUUAGUUUUCAUUUGGGUGUUUCUAUUCACAAAAAAUCGACGCAAUCAGUUUCCAUAACAUUCCCGUCUCAAGUUUCUUCUCUUGUAUGCCAGUCAUCACAAAACUCCGUAUUAGAAUAGAAUAAAUCAUCACCCCACCACCAACAAUAGACCAAACCCACUCACUAGACCUCUUAAAGCCAACAGUCCCCCCUGACUCCCUUAUUAGACAUAAAAUAGACUAUCCAAAAAAGAGCAAGACUAUUCACUCAACAUGCGAGAAAUUCAAAGGUAUAAUCGGCCACAACAGUCUGAUUCAAAGGUAUAAUGGGCCACAACAGUCUGAUUGCUUCCAUAGAAAUUGCUACCUAAACAGAUAAAAACCAUUGCAAACCUACCAUCCCCAGAGUAAAAACAACAGCAACAAUGGGUCGUUGCAAUCUAGUGGUUUGAUAUACUUUCAAAUAAAGAUGGUUGUAAUGUAUGGAUGUGUGGUAGACAUCUUUAUAUCGCUAGGUUCUGUAAUGUUUUGAUUUAUAUUUUGAGUUGAGAAAUCUCUUAUGGUUCAUAAUUAUUUGGAGUCAGAAGUGUUUUAUGGUUCUUCAAA